CUGACCGCAUCACCGCCUGCCCAGCAGGCGAGAGAGACCGCGUCGGCAGUAGUCCGGGUCCGCCUGCGUUCCCGCCGUGGCUGCUCUGCGCUGCUCAUGCUCUUCGUCUGAGGAGACUGUUCCACGGCGCCGCAUCAAACACGGACUGAGGCAAUGGGCGCUUCGGGGCUGAUAGUGGGGAUUUUAAAAUAUGCGGGACUUUACCUUCAACUUCAUGCGGCUCUGAGCCACGGAUACUCUGAGGUGGACAACCGUUUAUCAGCAAACGCGGUCUUCACAGAAGUCCCACAGGACGUCAUAACAAACAGCGGUGAGGAUGUGGAGAUGGCGUGCUCCUUCAGUGGGGCACGUUCUCCCUCCUGCUCUCUGGAGAUCCAGUGGUGGUACAUCAAGAACCACUGGCAGGACAAGCCUACAUAUCUGACGAACAAUAUAGCGACCAUGGAGGAAAUACCGGAGGACUCCACCAAGAUAAGUGUGGUGAAAGUCGUCGGCAGCAACAUUUCCCAUAAACUCCGCCUCUCCAGUGUCAAAGCAUCAGACGAAGGGACCUACGAGUGCCGAGUUAUUGACAACAGCGGCGCCGUAGCGCAGCAUCACCGCGUCCGCGCCUACCUCCAGGUCAACAGUCAGGAGUCACAUGAGCUGCAGGAAGCCCAGCAGUGGAGACAGGGGAGUCACAAAACCCCUCAUCCAGGAAACAGGCGAGAGGAUGAGGAGGAGACAGGCUGGUAGCCUCUGAGAUUGUGAGGCAGCUGUUAGUUUCCUAGUUAAUCACUUGCUCUUUUGCAUGUCCAGGUCUUGUUUCUACGCGGAGGGAUCCUCCAUCACUGGACGUCUUGAUAUGUUUCUUGGUUUCUUUGCUGCCUGAAUCUUAGAGAAUGCCAGGAGAGAAAAGGCUUUACAUUUUAAGGCCAAAUUCAAGCAGAUAUGGGACCCUCCCUUUGUUCAUUUUCAUUCAAAAAUGUGCAUUUUAAGUGAUUUUAACUGAUCCAGCUGUAAAAAAAAUGUCUUAGACUGCUAACUUUUACUUCCUCGAUGACGUUUGUGAUUAUUGUUUUUAGCCAGUUUUCUAACUUUAUCCUGGAUUUUGAGCAGAUUGUUGUUGAAAAUGUUCAGUAAGACAAUAGUAAAAUAAAGACAGCAGGUCAGACUAACUAGUUAGGUAUUUGUAUUGCAGUAAGCAAAGACUCUGCUACAAGUGGGUCUUUUUUUGUUGCUUGGUUGUUUGAGACCCCAAUGAGACCUGAUAACAUUUUAAUUCUAAGUGCAUCUGUGUCAGUGUUGUGUCCUUUGUUAUUACUUUGUGUUCAUGUAAUACGCCUUUAGUAAAACCAAUCAGAUAAGGUUGGAUUUUGUUAUUUUCUUGUGGAUUCUCUAAAUAGCAAAAAAGAUCAAUAUUGUUGACAUUCAGUGUUACAAGCACAAAAUAAAGGAGUUCACUUUUCACAAUUCCUGACGUUUGCGGAGAUAUCUUCAUACAUGCUAAUUCUAUUCUAUAACAUCUUCAUCUUGUAACUGAUGGUAACUCGAAUGCAGCAGAUGGAUUUGUGAGGCUCCUUUUUUUUGUUGAAUCCACCCCCUGGUUUGGUUUUAGAGACAGAAAACUUUUGUCAGGCUGAGAAGUUUCCCUGCUGAUAAACGUUGGGCUGGUAACUGUGAGCCAAGCCUUCAGGUUUGCUGCUGAAGAUUUAGACUGCUGGAAAACAUGUGGACAAACUGUACCAUUACCCUGCAAACUUUCACUUUCGCUUCCUCUACUUACAUCCCACCCGACGUUCUCAAAUAAUUAGAAGUGUCCCCAUCAUAAAAACACUUUUAAUAUAAUCUGUCAGUCUCUCAAAUGCAGUUACUUAAAAUAUACAUUACAGAUUACUUCUUGUUUAGAGUACCACUACGAUCAUUAGUUGAUCUAUUUUCAAAGCGUUCCCAGUGGUCUUUUAAUGGUUUUGCUGUUUUUAGCCAAAAUGUUAAAAAUCAGUCGUUUUCCUGGACAUAGUUCAUUAGAAAUUCAUCUCUGAGUUGUGGGCAGGACUGUUGGCUCGGAGCAAUCCCGCCCCCCUUCCCUUACCUGUUGCAGACAGUUGGAAUUGCAUUCUGAGCUUAAUUUUUCGAACAAAUGUCUUUCACUGUCAAAAAAUGGAAACAAAAACAUGUUAUAAACACCAAAAACAUGAUAUUUAUCAGAGUGGGUUUAUAUUGGUAUUAACCUAUCUUACUAAAUCAGACCUUAUGUGUCUUACAGGACUUAUUACUUAGUUACUUUCUUUGGUAAACCUGCAGAAGCAUGUCAAUUAUACAAAUUUAGAAAGGACUUUGGGGUUGUGCAGGGGGGAUAAUGGUGUAAAAAUUACUGCUUAUAAUACUGGAUAAUUUAAAUUAAGUGGAAACCGGAAGACCAGUCCCCAGCUUUAGUCAGUUUAGUCCAAACCAGCAAAAUAAGAAAAAAGAAAAGUGCAAAAACAAAGCUACCCAACAGAGACAGCUUCAAAUGACUUCACCACACAGACACAACCAGCUAAUGACGCUUUGAAGAUAAAAGGAGUAAACAGACUUAUUAGGAACACAAUUAAAGGGAAAGUAUUUAGCUCAGAAAAUUGGACUCAUGAAUUUAAAAAGGAAUGAAAGAACCUCAAAGUGGCUGACAAAUAGCAGUUCAUUUGUUAAUUCUUCUUUUUCUCACUGCUUUGAACACCAACAUUUAGGUUGUUUAGUUAAAAUUGAAAGGAUUUUGUGCUUUAGUUUGGUUUUUCUGUUGUUUUCUUGGUUUUGGUGGUGUUUUGAGUUGCUCCUCUGUCAGUCCUGGUUCAUGUUGAUCAUCCACAGCUGGUUUCAUUUCUGUCAAUCACCCUCAGUCUAUUUAAGCGCCUGGUUUUCAGUUUCACCUCGUCAGGUCGUCUGCUCUGUUUUUUCCGUCUUUUGUGGGGCCCUGGGGUUUGUCAUGCUGAAGUUUCUGCCACCAUGCCUGGUCAAAAAAAGGUUGGGGUAGCAUAGCGGAGCCAAAGGAGGAAAAAAAAAGUUACUCCCUACAUUCCUUACAGAGGAUAAUAUUAUAUGUUUAAGAUAUUCUGGCUUAUUAGAAGUGUCUGAAUUAAAUGGCAUUUUCUGCUGUGAAUAAUACUUCAGCUGUUGACUGCAUCUCAAAAAAAACCUACAUUUUUAAUAAACAAGUAAAAGAUUAAAAAAAAAAAAAAACCUGAACAAGGAAGAGAAAGAAGGAAAUAACUCACACUGACUAACUGAAAGCUGUAAAGACCGGGUGAUAAUGAACUGACAGAAAUGUUGAAAGAUUUUGUAACUGAACCUAAAAGAAGACAAUCACUUUAACAGAAAGCAGAGAAUGAUGCAUAAAAGGACCUCUGCUUACUGUAACAGUUAAUCUGAAUAUUCACCAUUAAAGUCAUUUAGGAGUGGCUAAUUCUACUCAAAUCAUGCUUUUAAAUUUUAAUAAACUAUCAAUCAUUUCACCCUGAACUAUAAAGAACUAUAAACAUUAUUUAACUGCUGCAUUCUAAGUGCUGUUUUUUGUGCUAAUUCAGAUAAAAUGUUUGUUUUAAGACACUUUUAGUUUGAAUCUGACAUCAUAUAUAAACAGAGCAUACAAUAAAAUAUAAUACACAAUUUAUUCUGUCACAUCCCAGUGACAGUAACAUGGUUCCCUUUUGUGUUUUGACACAACAGCAACUUUUUCUGAACUUUUUAAUAUAAACUUUUACAUUUUGAGUUGAUGGACAUCCCCAUUCACUGUCGUUUACUUCAGGUUUGCUUCAUGCUCUCCUAAAUUGACUUCAGGAGAGCAUCAGCUCUCCUAAAGUUGAGUUAUUUCAUCUGGAAUUAUCUCCUUCUGAACUCACAUCAUCUCCAUUUCAAGACAACUUGGGUUUUUCUUUGUUGUGCAUUUAUCUUAAUCACUAAUUUAUGAUUUUAUAUGUCAUUAAGGAGAACAAACUUGUUGAUUCUUUGACGUAUAGAUGUAGUUUGGACUUUUUAACAGCCCACGACCUCAAAAAUAAAUCAGCAUUUAAAGAUGGGGGGGCUGUAGUCAGCAGCACCUGAAUAAAGGAAACGUUUUACUCCUCAUGAUCAUUGCAGUGCGUCCUUCUGGCCACCAGGGUGCAGCAAAGUCCUUCACUUUCAUCCAACUCUGCAUCAAAUCAACGUUGAAAACAAGUGAAUCAGAAAAUAGUUUAGAAUGUAAUUUAGAGUGGUUUUUAAAAAAAAAAGUGAGGUCGAAACUAAUUUGGGUAAAGAUGUAUCAUCCAUCAUUUUUCUUUAGUUUCCCUCAGUGUAUCUCUCAUGGUAAAGAAUUGUGUUGAAAGUUGCUUAAACGAGCAAAAGGUGUGAAUCUCAUUUCUGAAUGUGGAGAGAGAAUGAGGCCAGCUGGUUUACAUGUCAGGUAUCUGUUGACAUGUUUCAAUCAUCAGUCUGGUAGAAAUAUGAUUUAUUUUUUAUCAGCCAAAGAAAUACAGUUUGACAGAUAGCAAGCUAAACAAACACAUUUUUAGAAGCAUUGUGGGUCAUCACAUCACAACUUUAGAUUGAAUUACAGACAUGUACCAUUUAAACUUUUGAGCAAAAGCUUAGUUUAAAAUGAGGAUUCUUAGAAUUAUUUUCUUACCCCAUUGGCAGAUUUUUUUUUGGCUCAUUUAAAACAAAUCAGUCAAUCGAAUAGGAACUUUUGACUUAUUUCUGGGGCCUGUGGCAUUUUUGAGUCAUGAUAAAAUAUUUUUAGACCAGGAGUGUCCUAAGAAAUCAUGGUUAGUUUAAAAAUGUGAGGACUAACCAAUUGGCUUGCAUUCUUUAAACCCUUAUAAUAACAAUAAGUGAAUUAUUUAACCCUUUAACAUUGAAGACGACACCUGAAUAACACACGGUGACAUACCAUAACGCUCGCAUUGGAUUUUCUAUACCGCUUUUGCAGCACAAUGCUCCCUCUGUCCAUAACAGAAUCAGCUGAUUUGUGUUGAUUGCGUAAUCAUUUCACCACUGUUGGGUUUGCAUCUCAGGGCUUUUCGCUGCUUCAGAAUCCAUUGGAAUUAUGUCAAUCGCCUCAACAGUUAUAGAGUACAGGUAGCCAAAAGAAUGUGAACACUGGAGCCAAAGCUCUGCUGUUGAAGGGCUAUAGUGACACUUGGAAUGGGAUACUUUUCACUUCUUUACAUAGAACAGAAAUACGUUUUUAUUAAAGUUACUGUGGAUUUUGUAUUGGAAGACUAGAAAUAAAAUAAAGAAAAUGUCUGUCUGGGAAAAAAAA